AUGGAUAACAAGAUUCUAGAUUUGCAAAUAAGUGUGCCCAAUAAGCGGUGUUGUGGAUUUUCGAAAGGAUGGUUAAUAACUCUAGAGAAUAAUUUUAUUUUAUCAAAUCCAUUCUUUAGGCUUAAAGGAAAGCCCAGGAAAGGAAACUCAAUCAUUCGCCUCCCUCCUUUGACCUGCAAGUUAAGUCCCCGCCGGAUACUUCAUUGGUCUAGAAGAUCUGAGAAUUACGGUGUCAAGGCGAUGAUUUCAGCAGACCCAGUAUUAAAUGCAAGUGAUUGCAUCGUUGUCAUUAUAUAUGAAGAGCUUAAGCAAAUGGCAUUCAUCAGGCUAAGUAAAGAUACAACUUGGACUUAUAUAGAUCAAAGUGUUGAUAAUAGAGGGCGCUUAAUUGAAGAAGUGACAUACUUUCGAGAUAGGUUUUAUGCUGUGGAUCAUUGGCGUAGACUUUUAUCUUUUGAUAUCACUGCUCAGUCGAAUUCAGACGUAAAGUUGGUAGCACAAAGCAUCGAAGGAAAGAAAUUUGACAAGAAAUAUAUUGUGAAUUCAAAUGAGAAAGAAUUAUUGAUGGUUCAAAGGUAUUAUAUCCAUGGGGGGUCAAGCGUGACAAUAGGGUUCAAAGUUUUUGAAUUUAAGUUUGACAAGAGUGAGUGGGUGGAGAAAAAUGAUUUGGGUGAUGUUGCUCUCUUUCUUGGUGAUAACACUUCAAUAUCUCUGGUUACUUCAAGUUUGUCAGGAUGUCAAUCGAAUAGCAUAUACUUUUGCCAUGAUAAUAAUGAGAAUGAUUAUGGACGUCGGUAUUGUGAUUGUGGUGUUUAUGACGUCAAAAGUCAAACCAUUACACUUUUUCCUCACCAUCGGUGCCUGUCUCUUCCUUAUUCAGAUGAGAAGGGUAACGGCAAAGUCUGGUUCAACUAA